AUGGGUCUUAACUUGGAGGAGCUCUAUGGCAAAGAUCUAAGUGAAGAACAGACCCAGGAGUAUUCUCAAUACCAACCCAAACAGGGAUAUGGCUGGGCCAAUACUCUGCCGGAGCGGCAAGGUCUGUAUGACCCUGAAUAUGAGAAGGAUGCCUGCGGUGUAGGCUUUGCAGCUCACAUCAAGGGUAAACCAAGCCAUAAGAUUGUGAGCGAUGCUCGCAAUCUUCUAUGCAAUAUGACCCACCGAGGAGCCGUUGGCUCCGACGCACGGGACGGUGACGGUGCUGGGGUGAUGACCAGCAUUCCCCACAAGUUCUUCAUUAAGAACUUCGCCCGCGAGGUGGGCGUGGAUCUCCCCCCAUUGGGUCAAUAUGCGGUCGGCAACCUGUUCUUUAAGCCCGAUGAGGAGGCACUCAAGCAGUCUAUAACGAGCUUUGAGGAAUUGGCCACAACCCUGGGCCUGCGCGUUCUUGGAUGGCGCGAGGUACCACGAGAUUCGACCAUUCUCGGCCCCGCUGCUCUGUCCCGGGAACCUAUUAUUAUGCAGCCAUUUGUGGUGUUGAAAUCGGCAUACGGCGAAGGCAACGAGCCGGAGAUCACUGACACUGACAAAUUCGACGCGAGAACCUUCGAGCUUCAGUUGUAUGUUCUACGAAAGCGAUCAACCCAUGUCAUUGGCCUCGGAAAUUGGUUCUAUCUAUGCUCUCUCAGUAACCGAAAUAUCGUGUAUAAGGGUCAACUCUCCCCCGUUCAGGUGUACACCUACUAUCACGAUUUGGUGAACGUGGACUAUGAGGGCCACUUUGCCCUGGUGCAUUCUCGGUUCUCUACCAACACAUUUCCGUCCUGGGACCGUGCCCAACCCUUACGGUGGGCUGCACACAACGGUGAAAUUAAUACCCUGCGAGGAAACAAAAACUGGAUGCGCGCACGAGAGGGUGUUCUGCGGUCCGAGGUCUUUGGCGAUGAGCUUGAUCAGCUUUAUCCCAUUGUUGAGGAUGGUGGUUCUGACUCGGCUGCCUUUGAUAACGUACUUGAACUACUGAUGAUCAACGGAGUCCUAUCUCUUCCCGAGGCAGUAAUGAUUAUGAUUCCGGAGGCCUGGCAGGAUAACCCAGCAAUGGAUCCAGCCAAGUCCGCUUUUUAUGAGUGGGCUGCCUGUCAGAUGGAACCAUGGGAUGGACCGGCGCUAUUCACUUUCUCCGAUGGACGCUACUGCGGUGCUAAUCUUGAUCGGAACGGUCUGCGUCCUUGUCGUUUCUAUGUCAUGGACGAUGACCGUAUAGUCUGUGCCUCCGAGGUCGGUGCUAUCGAUAUCGACCCCGAGAGAGUUAUUCAAAAGGGUCGCCUACAGCCUGGGAAGAUGCUGUUGGUUGACACCGUGGCUGGGCGCAUCAUUGACGAUGCUGAGCUCAAGCAGACAGUUGCUCGCCGCCAAGACUUCGCCGGUUGGCUGGACAAGGAGCUUCUCAAGCUUCCUGCUAUUAACAAGACGCUACUUGACUCAAAUGUUGACCUAUCUUUUGCUUUGGACAACAAUACAAUUCAAAAUGAUCCUCGCCUCCGAGUGUUCGGGUACUCUUUUGAACAGGUUAGCUUGAUUCUUGGUCCUAUGGCCGCUGACUCCAAGGAGGCUUUGGGCUCGAUGGGCAAUGAUGCCCCUCUUGCUUGUAUCGCUCAACAGCCCCGUCUGCUGUAUGAGUACUUUCGCCAGCUCUUUGCCCAGGUCACCAAUCCUCCUAUUGAUCCUAUUAGAGAGGCUGUUGUCAUGUCCCUCGAAUGUUACGUCGGCCCCCAGGGAAACCUGCUGGAAAUGGAUCCUACACAAUGUCAUCGCCUGCUUUUGCCUUCCCCAAUCUUGAGUAUUCCCGAGUUCAAUGCUUUGAAGAAUGUCAACCUGGCCCACAAGGAUUGGACCGUGCGUAUUAUCGAUAUCACAUUCGAAAAGCGGAAAGGCACUGCUGGCUACAUUGAAGCACUUGAUUGCAUCUGUGAUGAUGCCACUGAAGCCAUUCAGAAUGGCGACAAGGUCAUCAUUCUCUCCGAUCGUGCUACAUCAGCCGACCGUGUUCCAGUCUCUGCCUUGUUGGCUACCGGUCUAGUGCAUCACCAUCUCGUCCGUAACAAGUGGAGAUCGCUUGCCGCCUUGGCAGUCGAGACCGCUGAGGCUCGUGAGGUUCACCACCACUGUGUUUUGCUGGGAUAUGGUGCCGAUGCCAUCAAUCCAUACCUGGCCCUGGAAUGUAUCCUCAAGAUGAAUCGGGAAAAGUUGAUCCGCAAAGAUAUCCCCGAUGAGAAGGUUAUCCAGAACUACAAGUCGUCUUGUGAUGGUGGUAUCCUCAAGGUCAUGAGUAAAAUGGGUAUCUCUACUCUCCAGUCCUACAAGGGGGCACAGAUUUUUGAAGCCCUUGGUAUUGAUGACAGUGUUAUCGACCGCUGCUUCUCUGGCACCGCUAGUCGUAUCCGUGGUAUCACGUUUGAUUUGAUUGCCCAGGAUGCUUUCGCCUUCCAUGAGCGCGGUUAUCCUUCGCGUCCAAUUGUCGAAGUUCCUGGUCUACCCGAAUCCGGCGAAUAUCACUGGCGUGAUGGAGGCGAAGCUCAUAUCAACGAUCCAACUAGCAUUGCCAAUGUGCAAGAUGCCGUUCGCACCAAGAAUGACAAGUCUUACGAGGCCUAUGCUAAGUCUGCCCACGAGCAGAUCAAAAACUGCACACUACGAGGGAUGCUUGACUUCGAUUUCGACCAGCGGACUCCUAUCCCUAUUGACCAGGUCGAGCCUUGGACCGAAAUUGUUCGUCGUUUUGUGACCGGUGCCAUGUCCUAUGGAUCUAUCUCCAUGGAAUCCCAUUCUACACUGGCCAUUGCCAUGAACCGCCUGGGCGGCAAGUCCAACACUGGUGAGGGUGGUGAAGAUGCCGAGCGCAGCAAGAGAAUGGAGAACGGAGACACAAUGCGGUCAUCCAUCAAGCAGAUUGCCUCUGGUCGCUUCGGUGUUACAUCAAACUAUCUGGCUGACGCUGAUGAGCUGCAGAUCAAGAUGGCUCAGGGUGCCAAGCCAGGAGAGGGUGGUGAAUUACCCGGCCACAAGGUCGUCGGCCCCAUUGCUCGCACUCGGUUCUCGACGCCGGGUGUCGGUCUUAUCUCUCCACCCCCGCACCACGACAUUUACUCCAUUGAAGACCUGAAACAACUCAUCUAUGAUCUCAAAUGCUCUAAUCCCCGAGCUCGUGUCUCUGUUAAGCUCGUGUCCGAGGUUGGCGUUGGAAUCGUUGCAUCUGGUGUGGCUAAAGCCAAGGCUGAUCAUAUCUUAAUCUCUGGUCAUGACGGUGGUACCGGUGCCUCACGCUGGACUGGUAUCAAAUAUGCUGGUCUUCCUUGGGAACUGGGACUUGCAGAGACCCAUCAAACUCUUGUCUUGAAUGAUCUUCGUGGUCGUGUUGUGGUUCAGACUGAUGGUCAAAUUCGCACUGGUCGUGAUCUCGCCAUUGCAUGUCUGCUUGGAGCCGAAGAAUAUGGCUUUGCCACAACCCCUUUGAUCGCCUUGGGAUGUAUAAUGAUGAGGAAAUGUCAUCUGAACACUUGCCCUGUUGGUAUCGCCACUCAAGACCCUGAACUGAGAAAGAAAUUCAAGGGUACCCCGGAGCAUGUCAUCAACUUCUUCUACUAUGUCGCCAACGAGAUGCGUGCUAUCAUGGCCAAACUGGGCGUUCGCUCUGUGAACGAGAUGGUCGGUCGUGCUGAACUGCUCAAGGUCCGGGAUGAUAUUCGCAAUGUCAAGCAGGAGCGCAUUGACCUGUCGCUCAUCUUGACUCCUGCUCACUCACUCCGCCCUGGAGUUGCUACCUACAAUGUUCGCAAGCAGGACCAUCGCCUUCAUACCCGCUUGGACAACAAGUUGAUUGCUGAAUCGGAGCUCGCUCUUGAGAAGGGCCUUCCCUGUCGAAUUGAGUGUGACAUCGUAAACACCGACCGCGCUCUGGGUGCAACCCUCUCAUACCAAAUCAGCAGACGUUAUGGGGAAGCUGGUCUUCCGCAGGACACCAUUCACGCAAACAUCAAGGGCUCUGCGGGUCAAUCUUUUGGUGCCUACCUCGCCCCUGGUGUGACUCUUGAACUUGAAGGCGACGCCAACGACUAUGUCGGCAAAGCCGCUUUCAAGGCCGAAGAGAACGUCAUCGUUGGCAACACCUGUCUCUACGGCGCCACCCGCGGAACUUGCUACUUCCGUGGUAUGGCUGCAGAGCGCUUUGCCGUCCGUAACUCUGGCGCCACUGUCGUUGUUGAGGGUGUUGGAGACCACGGAUGUGAAUAUAUGACUGGCGGUCGUGUACUCAACCUUGGACCUACUGGCCGCAACUUCGCUGCUGGUAUGUCUGGUGGCAUUGCAUAUGUUCUGGAUAAGAACCAAGACUUCCAUUCCAAGGUCAACUUGGAGAUGGUUGAAGUCUCAAGUAUUGAGGAUCCCUCGGAGAUUGCCUUUGUUCGUGGCUUGGUUGAAGAUCACCACCAUUAUACAGGCUCCGAGUUGGCUGCUCGUAUCUUGCUUGACUUUACUCGUGCUCUUCCCCACUUUGUCAAGGUUCUACCAACUGACUACAAGCGUGUCAUGGAGGAAGAAGCUGCUAAGGCUGAGACCGCGAAGAAGGCUGAGUUCACUCUUCCUCAGCUUCCUAGCGCCCCUGUUAAAGCCGAGAAGGUCAAAGCCGACGACUCCAAGAAGACUGAUCUGCUGGACAUCGAAGACAGUAUUAGUGAUUCCAAGACCGAGAAGAAGCGGUCCGCGUUGAUUUUGGACAAAACCAGAGGUUUCAUGAAAUACAGUCGCCGUAGUGAGAAGUAUCGCAACGCAACAACCCGUACCCGUGACUGGGGCGAGAUAUCUAACCGCCUCAGCGAGGACGAGCUCAAAUACCAGUCUGCUCGUUGCAUGGACUGUGGCGUGCCUUUUUGCCAAUCCGACACUGGUUGCCCCAUCUCCAACAUCAUUCCUAAAUGGAAUGAGUUGGUCUUCCAAAACCAGUGGCAGGACGCUUUGAACCGUCUCCUCAUGACCAAUAACUUCCCCGAAUUCACUGGUCGUGUCUGUCCUGCACCUUGCGAGGGAUCCUGUGUGUUAGGCAUCAACGAAGACCCCGUUGGUAUCAAGUCCAUCGAGUGCGCGAUCAUUGACCGUGGAUUUGAGAUGGGCUGGAUGGUUCCCCGUCCGCCCAAGACCCGGUCCGGCAAGAGUAUUGCUAUCAUUGGAUCCGGGCCUGCUGGCCUGGCUGCUGCUGAUCAGCUUAACCGUGCUGGCCACAGCGUUACUGUUUACGAGCGUGCCGACCGAAUGGGCGGUCUCCUCAUGUACGGUAUUCCCAACAUGAAGCUUGACAAAAAGGUUGUGCAGCGCCGUAUCGACCUAAUGGCCGCCGAAGGUAUAAAAUUUAUUGCUGGCACUUCUGUUGGCCCCGAUUGCGAGGUAUCGCUGCAGUCUCUCCGUACCACUAACGAUGCUGUCAUCAUUGCCACCGGUGCAACUGUCGCGCGUGACCUCAAGGUCGCCGGUCGUGAAUUGGAUGGCGUGCACUUCGCCAUGCAGUUCUUGCACAAGAACACGAAGUCCCUCCUUGACUCUGGUUUGUCAGAUGGUGAGUAUAUUUCUGCUAAAGACAAGCACGUUGUCGUCAUUGGUGGUGGUGAUACUGGCAAUGAUUGUAUCGGUACCUCAGUCCGCCACGGUGCCAAGUCAGUAACCAACUUUGAGUUAUUGCCCCAGCCUCCUCCAGAACGGGCUCGUGAUAACCCCUGGCCCCAGUGGCCCCGUAUCUACCGUGUCGACUAUGGUCACACUGAAGUGAAGACGCACAUGGGCAAGGACCCACGUGAGUACUGUGUUAUGUCGACCGAGUUUGUCGACGAUGGCAACAAUCACGUCAAGGGUAUCAACACCGUCCGUGUUGAGUGGACCAAAAGCGCUACUGGUGGUUGGGAUAUGAAGACCGUUGAGGGUAGCGAGCAGUUCUUCCCUGCUGACCUUGUCCUUCUCUCCAUGGGAUUUUUGGGCCCUGAAGAUCGUCUCCUUGGAGAUGAAAUUGACCGUGACCCUCGCAAGAACGUUAAGACUCCUCCUGGUCACUAUUCGACCAACCUUCCCGGUGUUUAUGCGGCAGGUGAUUGCCGCCGUGGACAGUCCUUGAUUGUCUGGGGUAUCAACGAAGGUCGCCAAUGUGCUCGCGAGGUGGAUGCUUUCCUCAUCGGAACCAGCUCUCAGCUCCCAGUCACCGGCGGUAUUGUCCGUCGUCCUGCCAUCGACUCCGUUCCUCAGCCCACUGAGGUUGCUGUUUAA